CGUGAGUAGACGCACGCUCGUUCCCCGCGAAAUACGUACGCGAGCUUUCGAAUUUUACCUGUGGAUUUUCUGUGGCAAUGUGCUCUAAAUAUUAAAUAAACACUGUAACAUCUGUGGUUAUAUCUGGAUUGGCCUUUGCUGUAACGGAAACCCCCUCAACCAUUCAAGGGCAAAAAUUUACGGAGUAUCAUUCAUAGCACGCAGUGAUCGCAUAUAUUCAGCAAAAAGGUUCUGUGGCAGAAUAAACGAAAAGAAUUCUACGACAACGAGCGACACUUGUUACGUCAGAAACGUAUUUAACAGUUUUAUGCUAUGGAAGAAGAUUCCGUGAUAAAGGGUUUUAGAAAUGAAUCAAAAAACUAGAAAGAAAGUCAUAAAUCAAGGCCACGAGAAGUCUAAAUUAUAGCCCAGAAUCUUAGAUCGCCAAAGCAUGUGAACAGGAAUAAAACAUUUAUCUAGAAACAUAUCCUAACAAAUAUCAGUCUUAAAGAACCUUGGACAUAUCUAAGUAUUUAAUUCUAGUCGCCUUGUGAUUAUAGGUAGUUUAAACAUUUUUGCUCAAAAGUUAUGUAAAAUAUUUCUGAUUUUAUAUUAUUAGGUCAAAGGUAGUAGGUUACAAAUGUCAUUGUUUAAUUGAGGCGAAUAGAUGAAAACAUACUGAACAUAUAAAUUUUAGAGAAUUAUUAGAAUAUAAAAUGAAAUACUACAGCAUGUUCUUUUUACGAAGAAGGACGCUUAUAUUGAAAGCUGUGCUGAUUCUGACAGCCUUGUGGUUUAUGGUAGCAUUGCUUACGACUAAUGGUGGAGCAAGAAAUGCCAUUGGCGCACCGCCUAUCGAAUAUGAAGAUCCAGAAGCGAAGCCACUAAAAAUGGCUAAGCCCUCAUCAACCAAAAAGAAAAGCGAAUCCUAUGGCAAUAAUUUAUCCGAUGCACCAACGCGAGUCGAUUGGAUGGGUCGAAUCUUGGGGAGAGAAGGCCUUGGAGUAAUUGCUGCUCCUGGUUCGGACAACGCACCGGGUGAACUCGGUAAACCGGUCGUUUUACCAGCGAACAUGAGUGAGGAUGCAAAACUUGCGGUAUCAGAGGGAUGGAAGAAGAAUGCCUUUAAUCAAUAUGCGAGCGACCUGAUAUCCAUUAAAAGGAAGUUACCUGACCCGCGAGACGAAUGGUGUAAACAACCAGGACGCUAUUUAGAAGAUCUACCUCAGACUUCUGUUGUGAUCUGUUUCCACAAUGAAGCAUGGUCAGUGCUUCUCAGAACAGUUCACUCAGUUAUUGACAGAUCACCUCCACACUUGAUAAAGGAAAUUAUUCUUGUUGACGACUUUUCGGAUAUGCCGCACCUGAUGCAACAGUUAGACGACUACAUGUCGUCUCUACCUAAAGUCAGGAUAGUCCGUGCCACUCGUAGAGAGGGUCUCAUUAGAGCAAGGCUGCUCGGGGCCCGAUACGUCACCGCUCCUGUGCUCACGUACCUUGACAGCCAUUGCGAAUGCACAGAAGGUUGGUUGGAGCCCUUGUUAGAUAGAAUUGCUCGAAACAAAACUACAGUGGUGUGUCCAGUAAUUGACGUUAUCGAUGAUAAUACCCUCGAGUACCACUACAGGGACUCCUCGUCAGUCAACGUCGGCGGUUUCGAUUGGAAUCUACAGUUCAAUUGGCAUCCCGUACCAGCUAACGAAAGAGCUCGACACAAACAUACAGCGGAACCAGUUUGGUCUCCAACUAUGGCUGGUGGACUCUUUGCAAUUGACAAGGAAUUUUUCGAAAGACUGGGAACUUACGAUAGCGGUUUUGAUAUUUGGGGUGGAGAAAACCUAGAACUGUCAUUCAAAAGUUGGAUGUGUGGAGGAACUUUGGAAAUCGUCCCAUGCUCACAUGUUGGUCACAUAUUUAGAAAGAGGUCUCCUUAUAAAUGGCGAACUGGUGUGAAUGUCCUUAAGAAGAAUUCAGUUAGAUUAGCUGAGGUUUGGCUAGAUGACUACGCCAAAUAUUAUUAUCAACGAGUCGGUAACGAUAAAGGUGAUUAUGGUGACAUAAGUAGCCGGAAAGCGUUAAGGGAAAAACUAGGCUGCAAAUCAUUUGAGUGGUACUUGAAAAACAUUUAUCCAGAACUAUUUAUUCCAGGAGAAUCCGUUGCUCAUGGCGAGAUUCGAAAUGUCGGCUUCGAUAAGACAUGCCUGGAUUCGCCAGGCCACAAGUCCAACCAUCAUAAGCCCGUCGGACUUUACCCGUGUCACCGGCAGGGAGGAAAUCAGUACUGGAUGUACUCGAAGAAUGGUGAAAUCCGUCGUGAUGAGACCUGCCUCGAUUAUUCGGGCCACGACGUCGUGCUUUACCCUUGUCACGGUGCUAAGGGUAAUCAGCUAUGGCUUUAUGACCACAAUACGAAGUUAAUAAAACAUGGAUCCAGUGAGAAAUGCAUGGCGAUAUCAAGGAACAAGGACAAGAUCGUCAUGGAAACUUGCAACGAAUCUGAGAACAGACAAAUGUGGAGCAUGGAGAACUUCAACGCUGACAGACUCAGCCCAGAACUCAUGACCGAGUAGCGGGAGGCCUAUGACGAAAUACUGUUUAUAUAAAUAAAUACUAAAACUUACGGAACUCAGUGAACUUUAUUCAGAUUAAACUAUAGUGAGUGUUACUCCUAGUUAUGAAUAAAUAACGGCUUGAACUCAGAGGAAUUUAAGUCUGUGUUACCUGACUAAUUUAGGACCCGUACGGAAUCUACAGUUGAAGCGAGCUUCUGAUUAUGGACCCUGGCGGGGUCUGAAACUGGUCUAGCAUACGUUGACCAUAUUUUUCUGAGUUUAAAUCGUCAUAUGUUAAUAAUUAUAGUGAACUUUUUUAUAAAUAAUAACACGGACAAGUUACUAAUGUGAGUGCACCGAAUCACUUGUUGUUGAACGCAUUUUGUGUGUAGUCCUUAAAAUUUGUGGACAAUUUAUCUGUUUGUGACUUUUUCAAGAUGUGUGUAAUAAUGGAGUGUUUUGAUUUUUUUCAAUUAAGUUUGGAUUGAAAUGAAAUUGUAACCACUAGAUUGUUGACCCUAUACAACUAGGCCUAAUUUUGAUUUUCAAUUUCGGAUCUCAGCCACUGUCAUUAGCUUUUUCAUACUUAUUUGUAUGUACUGUUUGAUUUAUUUGUUUAUCUAAAUAAUAUCACAGUGUUACUGUGGGCUUGAUUCGAAUUGUCUAAAUAGGUAUUAAUUAAAAAAUUGUAGUAUUCUUAUUAAAAUAUUAUUAUAUAUAUUUUCCACAAAUUCAUUUCUAAUCCAUAUCCUUGUCGUUCUGGAAAAUAUCAAUAAUAAUUGGUAUUUGAAGUUCAUAUUAAUAAUUGUAACGAAUUUGUAUUACUAGUUUCAAUUGUAUAAAAAUAUCAUUAUAAUGGUAUUCUAUGUCAAGUAUUGAUUAUGAUAAAUUGGAAUUAAUCCAGAACCUGUACAUAUCUUGCUACAUAUUGAUAUGGAAUAUUUGAUUUAAUUUAAUUUAAUUUAAAUUUCGGAAAUGCCUAGAUUUGUUUAUGUUGUUUCCUAUCUCGUUUUUAUGGGCGUUUUCUGUUAAUUCCGGUUAAUAUUUUGACUGCGCGCUUAAUAUUAACCGCCGAAAUAGUUAAGUAUUUCAGCGAGCGACUGUUUUGCUGCGAAAAUACGUCUGCAAUCAGUCGCAAACUAAACGCCCUGCUAGAUCACGCUCUAAGGCCAUUAGCACACUUCCGCUGAGAAAUAAAUAUAGCGAAAACGCUGUAAUUCCACCGUAAUCCGUAGCCUUAGUACAAAAUUUCUUCGCUUACAAUCGAGGAGUCGUUAACAUGAAAAUACUGUGCUGUGUUGGAGUAAAAUAGAUCUUGUUUUGAUUUUGUUAAAGCUCGAAUUUGGCUAAAUUUUUUAGCUCUGACUUCUGACAAAGUUUAAAAAAAGCAGAAGUACAGGAUUUGCGAUUCUAACACGUAUAACAUUAGGUCUAUUUUACUUUAACUAUUCAUAGUUUUAUACUUGUAAAAGACUCAUCGAUUGUGAGCGAGCAAAUCAUGCACUACGGCUAGUGAAUCAAAUGUAAGAUAGAAGCGAAAUGCAUUUUCCAAUGCAUAGAUUCCACUAUGUGUGUGUGACUUGAUUAUCUUAUCUUUGUGGAUUGCAGCGACUGAAAGCCUAAUAACCAAAUUUAUGCAUACAAUCCAGUUUUGUUUCGUUUGUUAUGUAACUACAGCAGUUUCGGACUAUCUCGCGGCUAAGGUAUAAUGGUUCAAGUGAUCAUCUUACGUCGCAAAAUGUUCAUGUGAUUUGAUUUAUUGAUACUGUAUUAUAUAUAACUUUGUCCUAGAAGAUGGAUCUAGUGAAAAAAUAUUUAUAAAAUACACUAGGUAGGUAUUAAAAUA